AUGGCUUCUCCGUCAGCGACAUUCUGUACAACGCUGCGCAAGAGAAAAGAGUGGAACACACUUCCAGCUACUCUUCUUGGUGAUCCAAAACGCCAAUGGCAAGAGAAAACUUUGGAGACACACGACCUAGCUCUCGCACUUUCAAGGUAUUCCCAAGAAGACAAUCAGGAGUUCUUUCGCCUGCUACUUCUCUCGUCGUCUGAUCUCCUGGACCCCACGACGUCGACCACUCGAAUCGAGCGACUUUUCCAUCAGUCGGGAGGUCGCAAUGUUGGGAUCAUUUUCCUCUUACAUGACAAAGCACCUGGGAAGACUGGCACAAUCGGAUAUAUGAACCUACAAGCAAAUAUUCUUGGUGUUUUCGACAUGCCAAUUCUUCCACUCUACUCGAUUGCAUCUUUCCAGCAAACACUGGACAAAUUCCGUCGAGCGGUUUCAAGUAGUACAAAGCCAAAAUCAGUAUCUAGCGGAAACCCUGCGGUUGUUCUACUUCCAUAUUGUACACUUCGCCCUCCCAUCCCAGAACAUACUCGGAACAUUCUAGGUGAAGAAUAUCACUGCAUUGCAGAACUCGCCCAAGCAGCUACUACCCCAGAUGGUCAAGUUGCUUUGCGAAGAUUGCUUCCUGAUCCAUCAAAUUCUGUGGUUGACGAGGUUAUUGAUUUUUGGGCCCAGGAGUACUGCACUGAGUAA